AUGCUUGAUUCGCUCACAAGACGUCUCUUAAAUACAAGUGUUAAAUCGAAUGACAACAAAUUACCUUCACUUCUUAGUGAUCAUGAAUCAGAAAUGAGUUUUAAAGAUGCUGAUAUCAAUGAUGAUAUUGUUCCUGUGAUUCAGCCAUUUGUAAUCAAAGUAGCUCUAUCAACUCUGAGUCUUAAUUCUACUGACAUUCCAACCACCUAG